UAAUGUUGUUGUUGUUGUUCUUUUACUCACGCUCAGCAGGAUCUCUGUGUCAGUUUUGUUGUUUGCUAUUUGACAGAACCUACAGUCAUCAAUCCCAGAAACCUCCAGCGUCCCCAUUCCUGAGUUUUAAAGCGUCUUUUAUACAGAGCGCAGUAAACGCCGUAAUAUAAUUUCUGGGUGUGCCCAGAGACAAAGGCAGGACAAUCGGCCGAAGACAGAGCUAGUCGAGCCCAGAGUGCACCGUCAAAUUAUUUGUCUUAGAAAAAAAAAGAAAAAGAUUCUUUUCUUAAUUUUACGAGAGUUGAACAGGUUCAGUCUGAACCCCAACUCAGAGAUGUACACACAUGCGCAAUGUGUCCCUUUAAUUAAAACCUGAACCAUGAAAUAACCAACAGAAAUCUUUCAUUUUUUGAUAAUGGAGUGUUUGUUGAACUUCAUGACAAAAUAUAUAAAAAUAUAUCACAUUUUAAUCUGCAUAUAUGAGUUUUAAUUUGUAUCACAUUUGCUACAUAGGCCAUACUUUUGCAGUUUAGUCAUUAAAAAUGUGUCAUGCAAUUUAUAUCAUUUUUUGAGGGUAAAAAAAAGUCACGCUGAUGAUGUAGAAGUCUCAAAAACUCACAAAACACGUUUCAAAUACAAUACGCUUGACUUUAAAGGAGUAAGAGGAUGCCUAACGUUUGCCCUUCUGUCACCAUAAGGGUCUGGAGACUGAAAGGAAGCUCGACGAGCUGAGGAAACAGCACAGGGUCGAGUAAAGAGAGCACCUUUUUUUUUCUUCACCGAAUGCUUUAAAUAUUCUUAAAAUAACUCCAAGGAUGGGAGGACGUCAAAUUAUGUACUUUAUCUGAUCCAAAAAGGAGGUCAUUAGGAGCACUGUCACUGUGUGUGUGUGUGUUACAUUUCAGAGGAAGAGCGCAACUUUUAGAACAAAUUCAGAAACAUCUAGAGGAAAAGGAAAAUGAGAGAAAGAUGAGAGAGCAAGAGAAACAGCAAAUAAAGGAGAACCACGAGAAGGUGGAAAAGGAUGACCUCAAGGUGCACACACUUAAACGCACUAACGCAAACACAGUGCAGUGUACAGGAGUCAGUUUCAUCUCUGACCGGCUGCUUUGUUCCAGGCUAAAGAGAAGAAUAGGAUGGAGCAGCAGCGUAUGCAGGAGAUCAUGCACAUCAAUGCUGAGACCCUCCGAGCCAAGCAGCAGAGGAUGAAGGAGGAGAAGCUGGCUGACAUUAAAGCCAUGGAAUACAUCAAAAAGAAACAGGUCAGCUGGAAAAGCAACUGAACUCUGUAGAUCGGCCACAGAUGUUUGUUCUCUGCUGAUAUUUUAUUGUUUGUGCAGGCGAGGGACGCGGAACGUGAAGCAGAGCAAAAGCGGAUAAGGAAAGAGAAGGAGAUGGAAAUUGCUAAGCUGAGGGCCCAGCAAGAAAAAAAUCGAAACUAUAAGGCAGAGCAGGAUGAACUCUGUGCCCUGCGGCAUCAAGAAGAGUUACAAAAAAAAUGGAGGGAGAAAAACAGAGAGCAGGCCGCGAGGAAAGCACAGCAGGAGGCGAUGCUGGGGGCUGCUCGGCUGGAGCAAGUUCAGAGCAAACAGCACUACCAGACAGUGCAGGCCACCAGGAAGAAGGAAGAGUUUGAUCAGGUGCUGAAGGCUCAACAGGAAGCAGAGGCCAAAGAAAAGGAGCAGCAGGAGAGGCAGCGUCAGAAAGUGCUGCGGCACGCUGAGGCCGUCAGGCAGCAGGUGAAUGAGCGCAAGCAGUUUGCCAAAGCUGAGCGUAGAGAGAGGUUCAGGGAGGCUGACAAACUGCUGGAGGAAGCCCAGCAGCGACAGAUGCGCCUGAAUGAGAUAAAGGAAAAGAAACUCAAGGAGCUCAGGUAAGCAUGAGCAGGUUGCUGUAGUAAUAUUCAGGCAUGACUGUCAUAUAUCAGGUUUACUGGAUAUACUGAAUUAACCUAAUGAGCAUGUCUGUGUGCAGGGUUACAGGGCUUGGUGAAAAAUACUGUUGUGAAGUGGAGAGAAAGGCCCAGAAGACUCAUUUUGUAUAGCUCCAUAAUUGAAACAGUAGUUUCAUUUACUACUAAGUUAAAAUAUCUAAGAUUAAAGUCGUAUAUUUCACUCUCAGAGGUGUAUGAUCAUUGGUCUAUGCCCUCCAACUCUGGCUCACUGAUAGAGUUUGUAGGUUUUAUUUUUGUGUAAUAUCUGCAUUUGAGUCGUGUCCUGUUACUUCAGUUGGAGGUUUUGGGGAUGGGAGGACGUUUGCAUGAUGGGUGUACAGCCGACACAUCUGCAUCAACUGUGUGACGCUAUCGUGUCAAUAUGAACCAAGAUCUGUGAUGUUUCCAGCAACUUGAUGAAUCUAUAUUUUAUCUAUACACACAUAUCUGCCAGUGAGGAUUACCAGGAUUAUGAGAUUGUUAGUUACUAAAAUAACUAACAUUAGAAAGUCACAACACUGGCCUUAAAACUUAAUUACCUUAAUUAUUAGUUUAUUAAAGGGUUCUCCAUGAAUGAUUUUUUUUUUAUUUAAAAAACUGUUUAUUUUUUAAUAUCAUUACAAACAAGCAGACACACAUCCAAUACAGAGGCAACAGUAUCUCCACACAUUUUUCUUCUUCAUUUUUCUUCUUUACAGUGACUGUCAGUAACAGAAAACUCUCAAUAAUGUUAUUUAAAUAAAUAAUUUUAUUUUAAAAAAUACUUUUAUCUUAUGAUAAAAGUACAGUUCAUUUCCCACGUGCAUUCAUUUAAAAACGACACUGUUACAGUGCACGAGUACAAAACACUGUAGAUAAAAUCUGACCGUUAAUUUUCUAUAUUGCACUGGCCCAUGCAGAGGUCAGCCACUGCUAAUGAAUAUUAAAGUGGUAAAUAUCACUCUAAACAAGUACAAAGGCAUUUCAAAAGUGUCUUCAUUCUGCCUCAGCGAUUCUUCUGAGAUUUUUUUUGUUUGUUUCCCUGCUGUGAUCUAAAGUCCAGUCUGAGCACAACUGAUGCACUGAAAUAACUUGCAGUUCUCUAAAUAAUGAUACCGGAGUGGUGGGGA